AUGUCACAGAAACUAUGUACAUUAAAUUUUGUGCUUAGCGGAAAGCAGGGCGAUUUGGUCAUUAGAGAUGUUCAACUUUGGGGGGAUCACCUCGUGGUCUGUAAUCCAGUUCCGGAGUGGAAAGGGCAAUUCGUUCAGUAUGUUGAGCUUGGAAAGCUGCCAUUGUGGAUCCGCUCCAAGGACAUCCGCACAUACAGAUGUUACAGCACUAGCGCAACCACAUUAGCUUAUUUUAAAUCAAAGCUUAAAAACGCGAGUCGAGGCAUUGUCAUAGAACUGUCUGACAAGGUUGACCAGCGGUCAAACGAGCCAGCAUAUGUGAUUCUGUUUCGAGAGAACACGGAACUAAAUUGCUUUCGGGUGGACUUAGCAAUGAAGCAUGAAUUCGAUAGCCAAAUUUUCAAAUUAAAGCAAGAGCUUGGGAAAACAAGGGCUUCUGUCUCGAAAGAAGGUAGCAUCGAUAUAAUAAUACAACAAUCUCAACAAAGGAAGAUCGGAACAAAAACCAAAGUGUACCGCAACGUCCAAAUUAAUGAUAAGCGCCUCCAGUUCAAUGAAACGUUAUCCAAGCUUAUAUUAGGUGGCCUCCGGCUUCGAGGCAUUCCCAACUCCACUACAGAUUUUCAGAGGCUAUACAAGACAACUUUCGAUACCGCUGAGUUCGCGCACAGAGAUGAACUAAAACGCAUCUCUAUGGGAUCUGGCGAAGAUAUUUCAUUCGAAUCAUUGCAGGAAACAGUGGAGACUUUGCUAAGGCUAUUUACAAAAUCAUGA